CCCCCCGGGCUGCAUAGCCCCCUUACAGUAGCCCGCUGGGGGCCUCCCCUCACCCUCCUGCGCUGCCGCCCAAGUCAGGCCAGCUGCUGGCAGUUGACGCUGUGGCAGGACUGGUCACACCAGCUGGCCUGUCAUUUCUGGAACUGUCCUGAAAGUAACUCAAAAGUUGCAGGCUUGAGCCCGAAGUUUGAAAGUUGGGUGGUACCUCUGCUGCUGUUCUCUGGGGGUCCAUCUCCCCGCCUGUGGGAUGGAGGGAGACCUCAGGCCAGGGCCUGUACUGACUGGGCAUGGGGCAGCAGUUUCAAACUAGAAGAGACUAGGUGUAGGUUAGAUACAAGGAAUACAUUAUGGUGAGGGUGGUGAGGCACUGGAGCAGGUUGCCCCGAGAAGCUGUGGGUGCUCCAUCCCUGGAAGUGUUCAAGGCCAGGUUGGAUGGGGCUUUGAGCAACCUGGUCUAGUGGAAGGUGUCCCUGCCCGUGGCAGGGGGGUUGGACUAGGUCAUCUUUGAAAGUCCCUUCCAACCCAAACUGUUCUGUGAUACUAAGAUUGUCCUUAAAAAAAAAAUAAAAAAAAAAUUGGGAGAAAGCGUUCCCAGCAGUAGGCAAAGAGUUUGCUGAAGACUGAGCAGCAAGACUCAAAGUUUGUCAAGUGUUUCUUCUCUGAAUUCUUGUGACUUAAAUUGAGUCCCAUUCCAGAUCAAUAGCCAAACCUUAAACAGUUUGGGUUGUCUCUUGUUCUCCUUUUACAUCUGUACAAACACAAACUUAGUCCUAUUUUUAAAUGAUCAAGUAUAUUCGUAUUCUCAUCAUGUGUGAAGCUUACUCAUCUCAUGCUAUCACCCCUCAUUUCACUGCCAAAUAAGUAGCUGGUUUAAAGAUGGCAAUCCAUCUUCAAAACAUAGUGAAGUUUUUAUUCACCAAAGUUAAAUGAAUGCUGCAGAAUUUAUCACAGAGCACUACACUGCUGAAGUUUUGCAGCAGUUCAAAAGUAGUCAAGCAAACAUCCUUUGAGGUGUAUGUAAGUUAAGUUUGUAUUUGGUGACACAUCCUUGAACCACAGGAUGCUAGAGGCUGGGGUAAGUAUUAAGGGAAGUAUCAUUUUAUGUUGUUAACAGUCUUGCAUUUCCUUAGGCACUCUCGCUGCCAGCUGUCUGAGGUAUAGUACUAGGCUGAUGGAUCCUUGGUUUGAGGUGGCACAGUCAUUUCUUAGGUAAUCCCAGCUCCUAAAUUCUUUGCCUUUAAGCUGUCUCUCAUAUGCUGCUUCCCUGCUGUCGUGUGUGUGUUAUGUCAUGUGGUUAAAAGGCUGAUUUUUGGUCUAGUGCUGUUGCUUUUUAAUAGUGCUUCAUUACUCUGUGAAAACCUGGGCAGCAAAUAUAAUGUGUUUAUGCAAGUGAUUCCAACAGCUUAGUAGCCACCUUGCUACUGCAUUGUAAUAAAUGUACUAUAAUCCCUUGGCAGGGAGACUGGUAGACAGGAGCAUGUUUUGUUUCUGUUUGAACAUGCCCUAGUUUAUUUGUGAUCUCUACUCUAAUUAGGACAUAGCAAUGUGUUAGAGGGUGAAUUACAGGUGUAAAAAUUAUAUUAUUAAAUGGAAUAGUUCUUAAAUGCAUUUUCAUUUAACAGUGUUACAGCUCUUGAUGAUACGUACUUUCUAGUUCUUCUGAGUUCUCUAUGGGCAUCUUUUCCAGGGGAUAGCUGGCUCCUUUGCUGCUCCUGUGUGUGAAUCCCUGCAAUUUAUUCCAUUCUGAGACUGGCUGUUUAAGUCACUAGAGGUCUGUUCACCAGCUUCUAGGUUUUGUCAAGACGAGCUGUUGGGUUUUCACUGGAAAAUGUAACAGUGUAAAAAUGCGGUGGCAAAGAGCAGGAAUUUAAGCAGGAAAUUUAUAUAUUAACGGAAAGAGAAAAGGUAAACGUAAUGGAAAAAUAUGCAUACAUAUUGUGCUCAGGAUGUUGGCUGCUCAGAACAAAAGCACUUAGGAGCUAGACAGAGUGGAACUGAAGUGAUACGUGCUGCACCUGAUUUACAGUGUAAGAGUUCAUCUCAGCCCUGGAGUUCUGGGAGAGACCUGGGUACUGAUUUUGGCAACCCAGAUUGCUUCUAAUCAGGGAAGUUAUUUCUUUCAAGAAGAGGAAGACAACAGAAUUUAGCCCAAAUGUAUGGCAUAUAACUUUUGAUGUUUGAGCAAGACAUGUAAAUCAGGAGCUAGGUCACCCUUUGUACCUAUGACAUCAGUGUAGAGAGAGAGGAUUUUAGUACUUAAAUUGCUUUACAGAAGUUCUUACGACCUUGUAUUAACUAUACAGAGAACCUAGGGCACUAUGACCUUCACUUUGUUUUUCAGCUGUGCUGAAUGAAUCCCAGCUUCUGGGCCUGCAAAAUCUCCCAAAGAAAUCAAAGGGGGAAACUGUACUGUAGCCUGCCUACAGCAUCUAACCAACCUUCAGGAUCUUUCCUGAGCAUCUGGUUUGAGAAAGGAGUGCUGACCAGACCAGUGAUUGCAUGAAACCGUGCAAAUGAAAUUUCGAUUUAGACUUAAGAAAAUAAGUUGGGAAUGAUAAGGUCUAAUGUGGCAGGAAAGUGGGGAAAAAACCCUAUCAUUAGAUGUGCCUAACCCUGCACAGAGGAAGUGCUAGCAAAUUUCUGGACCUUUAACUGACUGAAGAAGGUUGAUGCAUAAUCCUUCAUUUCAUUUCAUUUUUGUAAGGAGAAGCCUUUUUGUUUGGUUGGGAUUUUUUACUUUAUUUCUUUUUAUAUAAUACUCCCCCUCCUAGCCUUUGUUAAUUUGGAAAUUUUAAAUAACAAAAACUGCAGGGAAGAACUGAAAAUCACAUUAGAACUACCAUUUUCAAGAAAAAUCUAAGUAUUAAAUAGGCAAAUAAAUUGUUCUCAAGUCACAAGAACUGCCAUCUUGAGAAGCAAAGCUCAUGAAGCAGAACAGACUUGGGAUAAGGAUGGGAAUUUUUCUUUCACUUCUAGAUCAUCUGUUCUGAUUCUUACUCUAGUCAGUGAUGAAUAGGUGGCUUGAAGAAACUAAAGAACCGGUACUGAGCCUUUCAGCCUCUGUGAGCUUAGGUUGACCAAAAGAUCAGUCACAGUCUGCAGCUAUAAGGCACGGUUUUAAAUCUUACGUUAGGAUGUGAAAGUAAGUCGGAGACCUUACAGCCUCCAAAUUACUGCAGGCAAAGUGAAUACCACAGUGACAUUUAAAAAGGGGAUCCUUUCAGGUUCAGCUUGCUUUUUCUGGUCCAGCAGCAGUUACUCUGACGGAGUAUGCUUACCUUCUGGAAACUGAACUGCAAAAUUCGCACCCUUGUUAACAGUCCUAGCACACAGGACAAAGACUGAAAGGUUGGUGGUUGAAUUGCAGCUUAGUCCCAGAGAUGCUUCCUGAGGCUACUGAGCAACUGUGUGUGGUUUGGAUGAUUCCUGGGUGUGCUGUAGCUAUCUUGGAGAUAAAGAGGAUGUUUUUGUUAAUAAGGCUGCUAGUCUAUGUCUUUCAGUGUGCCUAAUAAUACUUGUUUAAGGAAAAAACAGGACAGAGGCAGUUAACAGGCAGUGUUUUCUUUGUGCAUGUGCACACAAUACAAAACACAGCAGGAAAAAAUUGUUUUUCACAGGACAAAACAUGACAAUAAAUGACUGCUGUCCCUUAAUUUAAACAGAGGGAGGGGCAUGUGGGUCAGUGAGGAAGAUUAUAUGGUCUGAGGCCUGAACUCUGAACCAUUAAAAUAUCUUCUCCAACCAGUCAGACUGGGAGCACAGCAGAGCCAUUCACUAGGGAAACUAAAAGCUGCAGCAGUUGCUGCUUUUGCAUAUGCAUACUUUGAAUAUUAACCCUUUGCCGUGCCUGCUCUUUCUUCUGCAGUUUGGGGCUGUAGAAACUUGAAAGAAAGAGCAAAAGGAGGAAUAUUGCCAAUUAUCAUAUCUUUAAACAGGAAUCUGAAUAGGUUCCCCAGGUGCUCUUGAGGGUGGUGCCUGUGGAAAGUAGCACAUUUCAGUAAAAAACCCGUUUAAAUGAGGAACCAUCCUUCACAUUUUAGCCACUUUUUAAUGGAGAGUGGGGUAUAGGACGGAGCCUCUGCUCCUUCAUGGAGAAAAUACCGCUGAGGGUCAAUGCAAGUUAGUACCAGAGUAAGAGGAAAGCUGAAACCAGAGUCUGAGCCUACACCCUGCAGCUGUUGUGAUCUUUCUAACUCAAGAAAAUUUUCAGUCUAAAAGUUGUCUCUUCUGGUGUCUCAGGGGAUGAAAGUCCACAUCACAGAGCUAUUUCAUUCAUACUAUUUUGCCCACUUCUGCUAGUCUCUGUAGGGAGAUCAAGGAAUGAGGAAAACCACUUCUGUCUCUCACUAUUUUGCACACACGGACAGUAAAUGGCAGCUGAAAGAAUAAUCCCAGAGAGAAGUUUUGGAUGUACUAGUGUACAAAUAUAUAGAUAUGCAUUCUCUCUUAUGGCUAAAUUAACUACUGUGUUUCAGUAUCUAAAACUAUUGCCUCUACUGCACUUAAAAUUUUCCCACAACAUAGUAUAUGCAGCACUGAGGUGUUAACCAGGAGUAGGUGAGUUUUGCUCAAACGGUUGGCAGAGAUCAUAUCAUCUUCUACAUCUUCCCAAAGUCACGUGCGUGGUGGUGUCGACUGUGAAACGAACUUUGUCUCUCAACAAUAGGUCUCAUGUUGUUUCCUCUUGUAAUGCAACUGCCUCUCACCUGUAUGAAGUAGAUUGUCUUCCAGAUAGAAAGCUUUUUCAGCGUCUGGAGUCAUGGGGAUUUUGUACAGUUUUUCUGUUCCAAGAACCCAUUUUUUCUAAAAAUGAACCUGUAAUCUGAAGUAUAUGAUUUCUGUUUAUUACAUUACCCUAGCCCUCUUGAUCUGUGUUUGCCUGCCUUUCAAAUUACACUUCAUGUCCCUGCCCGAGGACUCUUGCUGUCUUUGUCAUCCACCGGGUGAGCAGCUGCUGCGCGGAACCCAGGCAGACCCGUUUUACAAGUGUGUGCCUACCUGUCAGCUCUCUGUUGGACGUACACUCAAGCGAUCUCCCUGGGGAGACAGGUGAGAAGACACUGUGGAGUAAGGAAUUGAAGCUGGGCAGGUCUGGGGUAGGAAAAUCAGUGAGGAGGAACUUAGUCAUAAGAAUUACAACCACACAGUGUAACCAUCAGCGUUGCCAGGAGUGGCCUCAGACAGACUGGGAACUGGCAGCAGGCAAGCUUCAGGAAAAGACUACCGCAGGGCAAAGAGAAGUGGUGUAAUUCAGAAGACAGAGGUUGGAGACCCACUUGCUUGUAAUUGAACAUGGCAGGGGAUGUAAAAAGAUUCACACGCAUGCUACUGGAAUGCAACAGCAAUGACAAGCUGUGUGUUCUGCGUGAAUAUCAGACUGAAGUGAUUGUUGUUCCAGUUCUCCUUGUGGGUUUUUUUGUCAUUGUGCUAACUGUGAUCCUUUGGCUCCACUGUCGAGGCUUGCGAGCAAAGCAGGAGCAAUCAUCAUCGUCUGGACACCAAGUGAAUGACAAGAAUCAUGAGGAAUCCAGCUCAACAGAGAACCAUUACAUCCAGCUGACUGAGACAUCUGUGGAGGGCCUGCUAAAUUCUGCAUCCUUGACUCUGAAAGAACUGGAGAUCCCACGAGAGAAACUCUUACUAGGCACCUUGCAGCUGAUAAAGCCUGGCUGCUAUGGGAGUAUCUACAGAGCACAACUGGCAACUGGGAGCCCUGGGAAGACUAGGACUGUAGUCUUGAAAGCCUUAGAAGAGCUGGCUAGUCCCCAGAAAGUAAAGGAUUUCCUGGGAAGGAUUAAAUUCCAUCAAAAUCUUGGCCGUCAUGAGAACCUCGUUGAAUUGAUUGGAUGCUGUGUCAACCAGCUCCCACUUUAUAUGAUCAUGGAGGAUGUGUCUCUUGGUGACCUGUUGACAUUUCUAUGGACAUGUCGGAAGGAUGUAGUGACAAUGGACGGUAUCCCCUGUGACCUUACUGAGAGGCAAGUGUACGAAGUUGGACAGCAGGUUGCGGCAGCUCUGGCUUACCUUGAACAGAAGAAGUUGUUCCAUGGUGACAUUGCUGCCAGGAAUGUCCUCCUUCAUCGCAACUUCACUGCUAAGCUCUGUAGUUUGGGUCUAGCCUAUGAAGCUCACACAUACGGUGCCAACUCAGUCACACAGAUUGUGCCAGUCAAGUGGCAGGCACCAGAGCGGCUCCUGAAGAAACCCUUCAGUAUCAAGGCAGACAUAUGGUCUUUUGGAAUUCUACUAUAUGAAAUGAUUACGUUAGGUGCUCCACCAUAUCCUGAAGUGCCACCUUCUGACAUUUUAUCAUACCUGCAGAGGCAGAACAUUAUGAGGCAGCCAUCAAGCUGCCAGAAAGCCAUGUACAACAUCAUGAAGUCCUGCUGGCAGUGGAAUGCAACUAAACGGCCUUCUCCAGCAGACCUGAUCUGGUCCCUACAAACAGCUAUAAAGACCAGCAAUGGCUGUGCAGUACUGCAGGUGCCUGAGCUAGUGGUGCCUGAACUGUAUGCUGAUGUUGCUGGUGUUGAUGUGUACAGUCUAGUGAGGGAAUACACUAUACUCUGAAGGACCCUUUCACAUAUUGGUAAAUGAGAAGUCUCCAAGUUUGCCCUUCCUAGAUGCUUUGCAAGUUCAGAAUGAGGUGUAUAUGUUGGGAGGGAUCCCUUUGUUUUUCAAACACGUUAUAUCAGAUCUCUCCUCCAUGCCAGAAACAACAAACUGUUAUCAUCAUUAUUAUUAUUAAAUCAACCUGUUGAUGUAAUUCUGCCAGUGGUCAUUUGGAAGCAAAGUGGAUUUAGGAAGCUGUAGAAAAUGUCAUGAGAAGCUUGAGUUAAAGGAAUGUGUUGGGUUUGCGUGGCAAAGUUUUUGUAGCUGGGGGGCUACAGGGGUGGCUUCUGUGAGAAGAUGUGGAAAGCUUCCCUCAUGUCCAAUAGAACCAGUGCCAGCCAGCUCCAAGAUGGACCUGCCACUGGCCAAAGCUGAGCCCGUCAGCAACAGUGGUAGCACCUCUGUGGUAACAAAUUUAAGAAAUGGUAAGAAAUACUGCACAACAGCAGCCAGAAGAGAGACAUGAGAGUAUGUGAGAGAAACAGCCCUGCAGACACCCAGGUCAGUGAAGAAGGAGGGGUUGGAGGUGCUGCAGGUGCUGGAGCAGUGAUUCCACAGCAGCCCAUGGCGAAGCCCACGGUGAGGCAGGCUGUGCCCCUGCAACCCAUGGAAGUUAAUGAUGGAGCGGGUAUCCACCUGCAGCCCCUGGGGGACUUCAUGAUGGAGCAGGUGGAUAUGGCCAAAGGAAGCUGUGACCCUGUGGGAAGCCCUGGGCCAAGAGGGCUCCUGGCAGGACCUGUGGCCCCAUGGAGAGAGAGAAGCCCAGGCUGGAGCAGGUUUGCUGACAGGACUUGUGACCCCAUGGGGACUCGUGCUGGAGCAGUCUGCUGCUGAAGGACUGCACACUGUGGAAAGGACCCAUGCUAAAGCAGUUUGUGAAGAACUGCAGCCUGUGGGAAGAAGCCACUUUGGACAAGUUUGUGGAGGCCACACUGGAGCAGGGGAAGAGUGUGAGGAGGAAGGAGCAGCAGAACUAAUGUGAUGAACUGACUGUAACCCCGGUUCCCCAUCCCUCUGUGCUGCUGGAGUGGAGGAGGUAGAGAAAGUAGAGAGUGAAGCUGUGCCUGGGAAGAAGGUAGCGGUGGGGGGAAGGUGGUGUAAGGUUUGUGUUUAUGUCUCAUUAUCCCACUCUGAUUUUGGUUGGUGAUCAGUUACUUUCCCCAAGUUGAGUCUGUUUUGCCUGUGACGGUAAUUGCUGAGUGCUCCCCCUCUCCCUAUCCCGCCCCACGAGCCUUUUGUCAUAUUUUCUCUCCCCUGUCCAUUUGGGGAGGAGGAGUCAUAGAGUGACUGGGUGGGCACCUGACAUCCUGCUAGGGUCAGCCCAACACAAGGAGGUUUCUGGAAGUCUCUCCCCAUCCUUUCUGUUCCAAGAAAUUGUAUCAGUUGGGUAUUCAAAGGAGGAGACGACCUUGGGAAUAUGCUGUGGGGCACAGCCCUAUAGGAAAAAGUGUACGGAGUAGGUAAUACAAAUGGAUAGUUUUCUGUCCGUUCACUAAGGUCCUGUUCAAGACAGUUGUGUUCUUGUCUUUUAAGUGUUCAAUAAAUACCUGGGAUUUCUCCAGUGCUUUAUACUCAACUUCCCACGGGUGAACGGGUACUGUAUUUAAAAGAAAAACUAAACAAUCCGUGCGUAUCUGUGGAUGCAGAAGUUGUUACAUUAAUGUAAUACAUCUUCAUGUAGAGUGUUCCUUCCCUGUAGUAGCUAUGGGAUCAAGUCAGUACUCCAAGACAAAAGUCAUACCAUGCCAUGCUUGUCUUAGGAAAAAGUUCUUACAGACCUGAAUUUCUGAGGGAUGGGCCUUAACCAAUCAUUCCUUUGAGCAGAGCAGGUCAUUUGUUCAUGUGCUUCUCUUUUGAGUUGCUAAUUGCUGAGUUAAUUAUUUUUGGUUUUUUUGGGGACAUCUGUCCAUCGUUACAACAGCUACUGUGAAAACAGUAUGGAAAUAUUAAGUGUACACCAAAUAAGAAAGGCUGAUCUACAGUAAAAACAACAUAUGAUGAAAAUAAACCUGCAUAGUGACAUUGUUGUGUGAUUACGGCGAGAAUAUACUAUAGCCUGCCACUGUGGUGACACCUUUGCUGUAUGACUUCCACAGUGAGGAUCUGGGUAUUGGACAUGCACUUCUGAGUUACCCGAUGACAAGUGUGCCAGUAUGUGGCAUUUUGUGAAUACUGUGAUGACAACAGAGAUACUGCAAGGCCUUGCAUAUAAACUACACAGAUAACUUUGGUAAUCAUAUGGAAGAGGUGAACUUUUGCCCAGUGAGCUGCUCAAUAUGAACUCAAGAUUCAGCUUAAAAUAAUAAUGUGAGAAAGUUAAUGUAUGUACUUUUCUUGUAAGCCAUUCAUACGCCAUGCCUGGAUCAGUGGAUACGUGUUCAUUUGAGUUCCAGUCUUGUUUCCACUACAGAUUUCGGUGACUAGGGUUGUUGCACUUGGUGAUUUAGGUGAGUGCACGUGAUUUGACUAUUCAGGUUAUGAGCAGGCUCUGGCUGUGCAGAAAAAUUAGUAGUGCAUCUGCUAAGACUUGCCCUAGGACAGCUGAGGGGUUAAGUCCCAGUGGAAAUGCACCUGUAUGUUUUCAGUGUCUGCCUGGAAGAGGAGUAUGUCUCUUUAAUAAAAAAAAGUGGGUUUUUUGCUUGUUCAGCACUUGUAUUUUAUAAUGUAAGCUGCAAAAAGCUGAUCUGAAAAUAUUUGGUCAUUGAUUGUAAUGAACAUGCAAACUUUGUAAAAAUUCAGAGGCACUUAAGUCAUUAACAUUUUCCCAUCAUUUCAAAAGAAGCAGAAUCAGUCUCUGAAACAGAUUUUCUCUUAUGUCUUCUACUGUUUGUGGUUUCUAAGUUGACAGUGCCUUGUAUUUUUUUUUCUCUGAUUUUUUUGGCACUUUAAGCUAUAAAGGUUCUUGUAAAAAAAGAAUCAAUGCACAUUAAAGGAAUAGUUUUACUGUUUUGUGUGAAGA